UUCCUCAUUCCCACCCUCCUAAUAUCUCCCCCAGCCAAUCCUAUCUCCCCAUCCUAUAUCCCUUCCUCUCUUCUCCCUCAAAUUCACUCCUCUCAAGUCUCGACCAUAUUAAGAAACACAAUGCCCAUAUCAAAACUCAGUAAUAAUAUUCGCAAAAAUAAAAGAAAAUCCAUCACUUGUUAGUUCCAACUUCCCUCCUACCUCCAGUCCACCCAUUACUAUUUCAUCAUUUUUGUCGUUCACCACCUUGUUCUCAUCGCCUCUCCCCCUCAUUUCCAUUUGGGUUCUUCAGGUACGCCCAAUUCUCAAUUCCAUCCCCCAACUGACAAAGUUUUUCCAUUUUUCAGUUUCUUAGAUUUGUUGUGAAAUUGGGUUAGAUUUCUUAGAGGAAGAACACCCGGAUUGGGAAUUUACAUACAGAUCGUGAGAAUUGAUUAUAUGGGAUUGGAGUUUAUUGGGAAUUUGUGAUGGUGUUGCAGAGCCACAUGAUGGGUACAGCUGCAGUCAUAGGGCUGAGUGCUGGGAACAGGCUCUUGGCCUCCUCCCACCACUACUCUGAUGUUGCAGAGAAGCUCUCCUCCUAUGUGAAUGAUGUUGGGUUCCCCCACUACCCAUCUUCCCCACCCAAGAAUCUCAUAUCAGCCAAGAAGCCCUCAAAUUAUACCCCAUCUUCCAAUCGCAGCAUUCAAUCCAUGAAAGCCCUCAAGGAACAUGUGGAAUCAGCCUCUGCUCCUUCUACAGCAGACCCAGAUUUCUCCUCCUCCUCCUCAGAGGUUGAGGAUGAGGAGUACUUGGUGGAGGCCUUCCUCUUGUUGCAGAAGUCCAUGCUUGAAAAGCAGUGGAAUCUUUCAUUUGUUGGAACAGUAGUAGGGAAGGAGGAGGAGGAGGAGGAAGAGGAGGAGGAGGAGGAUAUGGGGAAGAAAGCAAGGCAGAAGAGGAGGGAAGUCACAUGUUCUGGGACAUCGGCCAGGCAGAGGAGGAUUAGUGGUAGGAAAAGGGUAAUGAAUGAGAAGAGUAAGAGCAGGGUGAGGGCAGCGUUGGGGGUUGAGAAUCGAUUGAAGGGGUAUGUGAAGGGGGUGGUGAGUGAAGAGCUGCUCACCCAUGCUCAAGUAGUUCUCCUCUCCAACAAAAUCAAAGCUGGUCUUUUAUUAGAGGAUCAUAAGUCCAGACUGAAGGAAAGAAUAGGAAGCGAGCCAACAGAUGAACAAGUGGCGGCAUCGUUGAGGAUGUCGAGGGCGGAGUUGCAGUCCAAACUGAUAGAGUGCAGUUUGGCGAGAGAGAAACUAGCCAUGAGCAAUGUUCGUUUAGUCAUGUCUAUUGCUCAAAGAUAUGAUAACAUGGGUGCUGAAAUGGCCGACCUUGUUCAGGGUGGCUUGAUCGGACUCCUUCGUGGCAUUGAGAAGUUUGAUUCUUCCAAGGGCUUCAAAAUUUCCACUUAUGUCUACUGGUGGAUACGCCAGGGUGUCUCCAGAGCAUUAGUUGAGAAUUCAAGAACCCUCAGAUUGCCUUCUCAUCUCCAUGAAAGACUCAGUUUAAUCCGCAAUGCCAAAAUUAGACUCGAAGAGAAAGGAAUCACUCCAUCCAUCGAUAGAAUCGCCGAAUGCUUGAACAUGUCCCAGAAGAAAGUUAGGAACGCAACUGAGGCCAUCAGUAAGGUGUUCUCACUUGAUCGAGAAGCAUUCCCCUCUUUGAAUGGUCUUCCUGGAGAAACCCUUCACAGUUAUAUUGCAGAUGUUCGCCUUGAGAACAACCCCUGGCAUGGUGUAGACGAGUGGGCACUCAAGGAUGAAGUAAACAAGCUGAUUAACACGACGCUUGGGGAACGGGAGAGAGAUAUUAUACGUCUUUACUAUGGUCUGGAUAAUGAAUGCCUCACAUGGGAGGACAUCAGUAAACGGGUUAUCAAGAGAGAGGGUACGGCAAGUUGGACUUGUUGCAUUGGAGAAACUAAAAAACGCAGCGCGGAAGGGCAGGAUGGAGGCCAUGCUGGUGAAAUAUUGAUUUUGUAUGGUUUCAUGGUAGACAUCAUAAAAUGUUAGUGUAUAUAAUAACAAAAGGGAAAACAACAUCGAUUUAUUUUUCAAAUCAGGAAUAACUACAGAGGAUGAUGUGAGGGCUAAGACCUUAAAACUUUCUUAGCAAGAGUUAAAACACACUGAUUAUGAGCUUAUAAGAUGGAGCAAAAUUUUUUUAUGUAUUAUACAUAUCUUGGGCAUGUGAAUCACAUUUUAUCUGAUUUUUAUGUAUUAUAUAUUGGGGCA